AUGGAUCUUAAUCUGCACGAAACCUCAUCAGAAACAUACCCGAGCAAUCUCGACUACAACGAUACUCCAUCCGACAAUCCCGCGACUGGUUGCAGCCCCGCUGAGUCAAAUGUACCACCACCAGCUUCAACCAGCGGUCAGCCAUUCUUAAGCUCGGAUAUUCAGUUUCGGGUCGAUGAGGGUAUUCUGGCUAAAGAGCAGUGGAUUGAACGAUGGUGGUACAUAGGAGAGAGGCUGCCCAAGCGACUUUACAUGUUCGACGCGAAGCCAGGAACUAAUGUCCAAGAAGAGGCCAGUUGCGAGUAUACUUCAGUCCUGGUUGAGCUGAGUGAACUGCUUCAUAAGGCCGGUGGGCUUAUCACAACUGAUGGGGAUGGUGAUGUCACAAAUGACCCUGAUGCUCGCAAUUUCGAUUCGGCAGAACGGUUUUCAGAAGAGUUCCCGACUCCUCCUGAUACCCAUGCCUUGGUUUUAUCCUGUAACCCACCCGACUCGAACCUCAGCAGCCAGCAUCCUUCCCCGUCACAGAUACCCUUCUACUGGCAGACAUUUGUUGAAAACGUCCAUCCCUUGGUAAAACUCCUCCAUAUUCCGACGUUGAGCAAGACGAUCAGAAGCAUUCAAGGCAGGGUCCGUUCGCUCGGCCCACCCGAGGAGGCGUUGAUCUUCGCCAUCUACUUCGCUGCUGUAGGUUCCAUGGCUCUGGAAGAAGUGUGGGAGCUUUUGGGUCAAGAGAAGCAGACCCUGAUAAAUCAAUAUCGCUGUGCUACAGAGCAGGCACUUGCAAGAGCAAAUUUCAUGACAUCUGCGGACCUGAUGACACUGCAAGCCUUUAUCUUGUAUAUUUCUUCUCUUAGGCAAUACGUGCAACCGCGGUUGACCUGGAACCUCACUGCCCUCGCUGUACGUAUAGCGCAAGGCAUCGGUGUGCAUCUGGCCCCUAACUCUCAAGAGUCUCCCUUCGACUUGGAGAACCGAAGGAGACUGUGGCUCUGCCUCUGGAUGUUGGAUUCGAAGACAGCUCUGGAUCUGGAUACCGACUGGUUGAUAGCUGAUGACUAUGUCGAUGUCGGACUUCCGCUAAAUAUCAACGACUCCGACCUCGAUCCCGCGCACACGGAGCAUCCAACUUCAAGGACAGGUAUGACCGACAUGGCCCAUAUGCUAGUCAAGUAUGAGAUUGGCUUGCUCUUGAAGAAGUUGACACAUGCGCGAGGGCAAAAGGGCCCUCAACCCUCCAACGUAAAGGAAAUGGAGGAAUUAGUGGCAAAGCACAAAGAGCAGAUAAGAGAGCGCUAUCUUCAGCACUGCGCAGAUGACGGCCUGGAGUGGCUUACAGCCGUUAAUGCAAAGCUGUCCCUUGCCACGGCACCUCUUCUAAUCUAUCACCCUGUCUUAUCUUCCGAGUUGCGGUCCUCCGUCUCAAACAAUGUUCGAGACCAUCUAGUAGCGGCGUCUAUCGAGACUAUUGAGUGCUUGCACGUGUUGGAGACGAUGUCGGCGCCUCAUCGUCGAGGCUGGAUGUUCGGCACUUAUUUACACUGGCACGCAACCGCCUUCCUAUUAGAAAGCUUGUAUCUCAGGCCUCAAGAGACGGACGUUGCUAGACAGUCUUGGAAUGCCUUGGGACUUGCAUUAGGUCUCUGGACCAAAAGCUCUGGAGCCCGUGGUGCAUGUAGGUUAUGGUCUGCACUUGUAAAACUUGUGGAGAUGGGAAAACAAAUACACGAGGCCAGCCUAGUCUUCGAUGGCCAGGGACCCAAUAGCACAGGCAAAGUCGUUCCACCAUCAACCACCCGUAUCGGGGUGAGCGUCGAGAUUCCUCGCCAGGUCGAGACCGCUUCUUCGAAUCUAUCAGACAUCAGAGGUUCCAUCAGUAGCAUGAGACAUGAGCUACACUCUAUUCCCGAUGGCUUCCUGGAAACACCCAACCCCGACUCUUGGAUAGGCCGCUUAGAUGACGCGAUGUCUUUUGAGACAUCAUCUAUCAGACCCAACUUCCCAGAAUUCAAUGAGCAGUUUAUACCUGGCGGCAGUCACUCAGUCAGCGAGUUUACGGAUAAUGUGCCGGUAUCAGAAGGUUCCUUUUCAACGAACCCCGCGUUCUCGGGAUUGUGGCUCACGGAGAACCAAAUAGCUCAGGGUGCCUCCUGGGGUGCGAGCCAGGCAUUAACAGAAUCAUCAGUUGACAACACGACGGAAUACUGGGCGAUGUGGAAUGGCUUGGCUAGUGAUCUGGAGAUGUGA